CCUCCGCUGGCUGGGUCAGGUUCCAAACAUAGAUCGCAGCCUAAAUUGGUAGCAGAGAGGUUUCCUGGUGCCGUAUCACACACAACAUUCAUCUCAGUCGCUUUUACCUAACAUGAUCCUCGAAGUCAGUGAAGUGAGGCGCAUUGGACAAUAUCCUGUCAAGGGAACGGGAUCAGCAGACAUAUGGGAAGGCUACUAUUUGAACAAAGAAAGGGUGGCCAUCAAAAUCCUGCGGGCUGUUCACUGCGGGCCUCAAACGCUCCGAAGGUUCAAGAGAGAGGCGGAGAUCUGGAAACUCAUGUGGGAAGCUGACCAUGGAGAGCAUAUCCUUCCUUUCUACGGUUUCUGUCAAAACGACGGGCCUUUCCCGUAUGUUGUAAGUCCAUGGAUGGUCAAUGGCACAGUGGACGAGUAUAUAAGAAAGCACCCCAUCGUAGAUCAUUAUGCUCUGAUUAAAGGCAUAUGUGAGGGUGUGAAUGUCUUGCAUGACAUGACACCCCCGAUCGUACACGCUGAUCUCAAAGCGUCCAAUAUCGUCGUUGAUGCCAGCGGGAACCCCCUGCUGGCCGAUUUCGGCUUUGCAAAGGUAUUGGAAGAUGUCACGGGCGUGGAUUUCACGAUGUCUGUUGGAGUUUCAAAUUCUCAGAGAUGGCUUGCUCCAGAACUCUACUACGAUGGCGGCAUGCUUACCACCCAAUCUGACAUCUUCGCAUACGGCAUGACUAUACUCGAGAUUAUGACCCAUCAAGUACCAUGGCAUGAAAUCCGCCGCACAACACAAGUUAUCAUCAAACUCUCCAAGGGGGAGAUACCCCCACGACCCAGUGAUCCUGCGGCCAGCGAAAGAGGUCUGGAUGACCAUCUAUGGGAGUUGGUCAAGAGCUGCUGGUUAGCCCCUGAGAAGAGACCUUCAGCAAGAGGUAUUCUUGCUUUCUUUGGAUAGAAAACUCGCUAUAUCCGUAUUGUCACCCUUCCUGUCAUAUUUUUUAACUUGCAUCAUCUCAAGUGGAGCUGCAGGUGCCUGAGG